AUCAUUCACGUCUGGAGCAAUUUACCAGCUGUCAGCUCAGCCAUCGAUUGUGGGAAAACUCUGUUUCAUUAAGAUAUAAUAAAUUUCGGUCGAGGGAGUGUUUGCAUCUGUUCCUGGAUUAUUGUUGAAUUCUACGAUUGUGCGGACAACUUCUGGGACUUUUGAGAGGGGAAAAUGUCGCAUAUCAGCAACGACGUCGUCCAGAAUGGCGCGUCCUCGUCGGUUGUACUUCCCAGUUUGACUGUGGAAUUACCUAGUGAAGAGCCAGGACACUCAGGAGCUUCCAGUCGACACAUGAAUGUUUUGUCGUUGAGCGAUGACGAUCUCCCACCUCCGAAACUGGAUUUCUCAGCCCCUCCACCAUACGAGCUUGCAACUAAAUUACCAAGUUACGAAGAGGUACAACGUGAGAAGACCCUACAGGGAGAACCCAUUCCUUCUUCCAUGAAUUUGAGUGGCCUCAGAGCCCAACAGCCAUUGACCAUUUUGGCCAUAGACCCCAGUGCUACCGAGGGGGAUCCAGAGAGUGGAUUGCUUGGGACUGAUUUCAUAUUCUUUACAGCUUUUUUGGUUGCAUUCCUCUUCAACUGGAUUGGUUUCCUGGUGUCAAUGUGUUUCUGCCACACAAUUGCCGCACGAUAUGGAGCUCUAGCUGGUUUUGGACUUUCUCUGACUAAAUGGACACUGAUAGUUAAGCAUUCAACAGACCUGGCAUCGCGUGCUAACUCGUGGCUGUGGUGGUUGAUCAUGGCAUUGGGAAUUCUCAUUUGCUUACGCGCAAUCACCCAGUACUUGAACAUCAAACGUGGGUGGAAAUUGCUGUCUGGCAGUGCUCAAGAGCGUUUGCUCUUUUUCUAUUGAAACUAGAGAGAGUGAAGAGAGAGAAUAAUGAAAUUUUCUCCUCCAUCGCAAUACAAAAAAGAGCAAAUACUGAAUGAAACCAACCCACUGGCACUCUAGACUGCCUAGCAUUUCUAAUCGGGUUACUUGCACGUUAUAAUAACAGAAGACAACCAAAAAACCACCCAUAAACAAUAUUACUUGAUAGACUAUAUUAUACAAAUGUAAUAAAAAGAGGAAGUGAUGAAAAAAAGCUUACAAUGAGAUUUGAAACGAAACGAUAACAAAUUUUUUAACGAUUUAAAAAUUAUUCAUCGAAGUACAAGAGUCCAAAAUGUGUCCAAAGGGUUGAAAUGAAAUUAUGCACGACGUAAUUGUUAGUUUAAACAAACCUAAAAUUAUUUAAUGCUUGAUGAAACACUGCGUGCUUCAACUUUUUUUUUAAUUUGUAAAUUUGUAAUUAAACAUGUGGAAUUUUAUUUUUUCAAAUUUUAUUAUUGUAAUUAUUACUUUUUGGGCUUCGUUCUGAGGAACGUCUGUUGCUGUUUUUAAUGUGUGAGGUGCUCAUUUCGGCUGAAUAAAUUUUACGCACCUAGUAAUCACGUAAUACUCGUCGUUUAUGGAAUUAAAUUACGAAGGAUAAAGGGAUAAAUCAGUAAUAUAUUAAUUGUAGAAUGUGUCUGUCGAAUUAAUAUUCGAGAGAGUGCGUGAUAAGUACGAUUAACCAUUAGGGAAUGGAAAAAAAAACAAAAUGUAAAGUAACUAGAAUUUCACCGAGGUUUUGAGUAACUCCAAUAUCGAUUCGUACAUAUUGGAUUAUUUUCCCAGUUUUAUUUAUACACAUGGAUUUUUGUUUUUAAUUAAAAACAGACGUAACUGGCUCAAUAGUUAAGAACUCUUGAACUGGUGAAAAAUCAUUGAACAAACAGUUUUUUAAUUAAUAAUUCGCACCUCACAGUAAAAUCCCAAGAUGGAGCAUUUAGAAUUUUCUACCUAUUAAUCUCCAUUAAUUUUCAAUUGAAAUGCAUUAUUGCUAUGAGAUCAUGAAAACUUGUAUUUUAAUCUGAAAUAUAUGUGAAGGUGAUGUAAAUUGUCAUUAUUUUUUGUGAUGCAGGUUAUUGCAAUAAAUCAAUUCCAAUAAUGAAA